AUGGCCGAGAAGGAGAAGAAAUCAGGCGGCUUGAUGGGCAAAUUCCUUCGCAAGGACAAAGACCGCCCUGUCAGCAACGUAGACUCGACUUACGGCUCCGAAGGCUCGCGAAGCUCCUAUAACAGUGCUGCAGAUAGUGACCAGCCGCAGCAACAUCUGGCUCCGAACCAAGUCAUUAACGAUCAAGGCCAAGUCGUAACUACAACGACCACUACUACUACAACCACGACCUCGACAGGCUCGAGCAGUACUGCAAACUCUUCCACCAACGGACCGCAUAACAGCUCCCUAGUGAACAAGCUGGAUCCACGGGUGAAUGAUAAUGCCAGCGGGACUUCAAGCAACGACGAGAUGUCGAGCUCUGGGGCUCCCACAAUACCAAAUCGCUCAAAUAUGCGGGACAGAAGUCCACAGCCACUUCAGACCGGUCGAUCAUCCAACGCCGGUCCUACGCCUUCCUCAACGCAGGAUCCAUACCUCAAUUCAUCCUCGCCAAAUUCGAGGCAGAACUUCUCAUACCCCGAUCGGCGGCAGACCGGAGCCGCCGGUGGUGGUGGACAAGGGACACUGCAGGGCCUUAAGACUGCUGCCGUGGGAAUACAUGGCGCGGGCGAAACCCUUCGGGGCACUUUCAACAGCGCAGUCGAUAAGCGCUUCCACGAUCCUGAAGCUGUGGCGCGAAAUCAAGCAAUUGCAGACUCUGGGCGUCAAGAGAUUGAGAGUGGGAAGCUGAGCCAGGCGAGUCGGGCACAAGGCGGUAUCGGUUCGGCGCCGGUGAAAGGCAUUCUAAGAAAGCGAGAAGGGGACGGGAACCUAAGACCAGUCAAUGAGUAG